CCAGAAUCAGUGAAUCUGCGUUUCACAAAGACCACAAGAUCACCGUGAUGAGCUACAUCAUCUCCCUGAAAAUGGAGCCCCCUCCAUCACUUUCCCACAACCUGUCAGGAUCCCCUCUCUCCACCUUAACCCUAAGCCAUGUGCUGACACCGUCACAGUACCAAUAUGUCCUGAACAAAACUAACCAGGUGUACCUGUGGUGUGCCUUUCUUGACUUCAGCUCGGGCUCAGCAGUCUGGUCCAACGAAGGCUGCAUUCGGAUCGGUGGGAACAUCUCCUACUCUGUCUGUCUCUGCAACCACCUCACCAACUUUGCCGUCCUCAUGCAAGUGGUGCCCUUAGAGCUGGAACAGGUACACCAGGUGGCACUCUCUGCUAUAACAUACGUUGGCUGUUCUCUGUCCAUUGUUUGUCUGAUGGUCACUCUCAUCAUAUUUGCUGUUCUCUCGUGA